CGCUGUUCCUCACCUACCCAUGUACAAUCAAUACCACCAUGCACUACUUGAACACUGACUACAGGCACAAGGAAUACCAGGGGAAGCACUCAAACAAUAGGCCAGCAAAAUAUGAAAGCAAUCAACAUGACAAGUACAACCAUCAAGGUCUGUCGGAGUGAGAGACUGUGUCGACUGGACACCUGGUGGUGAUGGACCCCCCCGCCCAGCUUCAGCAACUGUCCAGAUACACCCAGCUGUAUCAAACAGACAAACAGGACUUCCUCAAGCAACUGGUGACUAAUGUGACUCUUGGGCAAGACAAGGAGGAGGACACUCUGGUCCAGCUGGACGUCCUCCAGAGGAUGGGAUGGGAGGGUUCGGAGCUGCUGGCUGCACACCGAGACAAGGAUGAGACCCUCCUCAACCUGGCUGCAAAGUUUCAUGAAGACAUCACUGUCAUGAAAAGGAUCAUUGAUGUGUGUCCUGGCCUUCUUUUGGUGUCAAGGACAGGUGAAUAUGAAGGGCAGACAACUCUCCACAUCGUCAUCAGCAAGUGUAACCAUGCUGCUGUCAGGAUGCUGCUGAAGGCCGGUGUGGUGAAGAAGUUCAAGGAUCAGGUGCUUCGGAUGGUGGCUACAGGGUCCCGCUUCACCAACACAGUGAUGAUGGGAGAGCUCCCUCUCUCAGUAGCAGCUCUCACACUGGACAUCGACAUUGUGGAACUAAUGUUCAAGUAUGGCACAUCAGACAUGAUAUCCUUCCAAAACAGUUAUGGAGACACUGUGUUCCACUCUCUCAUCAAAUAUGCAUGCCUGAACCCAAACAAGACGAACGCAGUGCUGGAGAUGUGCCACGAGAUAAACAAACGGCUUGGUGAGAGACCAGCAGAGGAGGUCGUAACUACUGGCGCAAGAGUCCAUCUUGCUUACAAGGACCUAAUUACGGCAUGGUUUCUGCCCAACUUCAGUAACCAGACACCCUUGCAACUUGCAGCCUCCCUUGAGCAAGUGGACAUCUUCAGGUUCAUCCUCAACAUAGAAGGUGUUUAUUGUCAGCUGGAUAGACAUGAUGGCCUGUUUGAUGUUCAUCUGUAUGACAUUACAGAAAUUGACACAGUUGCCCUGACAAACUGGCAGCGAAAAAACUCCAGCAAGAUGAAACAAUCCCAAGCACAUCAGAAGAACAAAGUCUCAAGUAUAGACACGCCCUUGACAAAUGUCAACCAAAGCAACACACGAUACAAAAAACCUGGCGCCAACCCCUUCAAACAAACAUACAAACCCAUCCUGGAAACAGUCUGUGAAAUUGAUGUACAACAGGCAUUUGAGGUGCUGAAUCUGAAAGUUAUGCGGACAAUAAUCCGAGCUAAAUGGUCCCGAUACCGCUGGCUAUAUUUCACCUGGGCAUUUUUCCAUUUAGUCUACAUAUCAAUUUUGACUUACUAUGCUGUGGUGAAAACAGAAAUACUGAAUCAGCAGCUACCAAGCAGCACUACACCCAACUCAACUGGCCAUGGCAACACGUCUCUGUUCCAGUGUGUGUAUACAUGUGUGCUACACACCAUGAACUCAGAACCACAACAAACCAUCACCCCAUCUCCAAGACUGAACAAUCAGUACAACAAAACAUUAUUUGUUUUGAUAAUUAACAUCGUACAUUCUCAUAGCGUACUGAUCAUUCUGUUUGAGAUACGACGAAGAAUAUUCCAAGGAUAUAAAUUCCACUUGAAGAAAAUUCAUCACAACGGGACAUAUCGUGUACUCUUGUGCAUAUUCUCAGUCAGUAUCCUCGUUGACUCACUGUGGUACUUGAUUUCCCCGACCAACAACUACCUCCUCAUCUUGGCACUGCUGCUGGGGUGGUGGUUCCUGACGUUCUUCCUCCGUGCGCUGAAGAAGUUCAGCUUCUUUACAGUCAUGAUUCAGAAAGUCCUGCAAGGGGAUGCUGUCAGGUUUGCGGUGAUAAUCAUCCUGGAAUUCGUCUCUUUCACAGUUGCCCUUUAUAUCACCUUUCUGUCCACCCAGCCGGAAGGUUUCCGCUCACUCGGGGAAACGUUCCUCACACUAUUCAAUCUGAUGCUAGGACUGACAGAACUCGACAUUCUAACCCAGGCCAGAACCCCCUGGCUUGCUAUAACACUGUUCAUCAUCUUUGUGCUUCUUACCUACGUCCUCAUGCUCAAUGCUCUCAUUGCCAUGAUGUCACAGACCUGUGCGAUGGUAUCAGAGAACAAGUUUGCCCAAGGAGAGCUUCAACGGUUGUCCAUUAUUCUGUUCUUGGAGAAUAUCAUGCCCCACAGGUUGAAGGUCUGCUGUGGAACUUGUAAGAAGGUCAAACAUUUUGAUGUGAGCCUGAAGACAACCAUUGAGGAGGACCGCUACUUUCUUGAGCUGGACUCUCUGCAGACCAACUACUCCAAAGGCUCUUCCAUUAUGAAGAGGAAACAGAUGGUACAAACUUUAAACUUUGACAACACAUCAUCAGAUGUGCAGAGAUAUUUAGAAAUGUUAAACCAGAACAAGUCCAUGAAGUACCCAGAACAUACACCAGCAAUCAAGGAAAAGAAACAAAGUUCUCAUAAUUUGUUAGAAUUCCCCAGACCUCAGAAGGGUGGUUUGUCUCCAGUCUCAAAAAGAAAACCUUCACGGCUAUCAAAAUCUUCUUCUAGAAAGGGAAGGGAUUCUGUAGAAGCAAGUCCUUCAGAGGAAUCAAACCAUAAGAUACGUUUUGGUGGUACGUCUGACGUUAAACAAGCCUCUGUAAGGCUUGGUGUGGAUGGCGUAUCUGACGUUAGAGACAGGCCCUCUGUAAGGCCGGGUGUGGAGGGCGUGUCUGACGUUAAAGACAGGCCCUUUGCAAGGCUGGGUGUGGAGGGCAUGUCUGACAUGAGGGACAGGUCUCCUGUAGGGAUGGGUCAGGAGAGUGAUGACCCUCCUUCCAAAGACCAAACCGAUGGUUUGCAUAUGUCACUGGAGUACCGGCCUGACAUUGCCAAUGUUGAAGUGUGAGUGUGUGGGAAGAGCUCCUUGUGGCAACCAGUGAUCCAGUUGGGUAACAUAUUACUGUCAUAAAUAUAAAUAAUAUAUAACAUAAUUAAUUUAGAAAGUGCCUAAUAUCCACCAUAGAGAUGCUCCGUGGUGCUGUGACAAUAUUAGGGAAAGAAAUAGUUUGUAUGGAUUUUACAGAAAGGCAGCAGUGAACAGAUGGGUCUUUAGCAGAGAUUUAAAAGUUUCUUUCGAUGAAGUGUUCCUGAUUUCCUUUGGAAGAGAGUUCCACAGUUGAGGGCUGGCAAAGGAGAAGGCUCAGACAGACAGUUUGAUUGGAGAUCUUUGUUUGUUGAGGAGAGAGUCAGUAAUUGUUGGAUGUAGAUCCACACACAAUACACCAUAGGGUGUUGUAGGUCAUUCGAGCAGUGAUCUAAUGGCAUACUGUCACAAAACAUCAAAGGUAGAUGGAAGUGUUACCAGCAGAGAGGCUGCUGCAGCAGUGUUUUAUCAGUCCUGUGAGGGGCAUCGUAUGAAGUGAGCUUCCUUCACAUGGAGUCCAGUAUUCACGCAGUACUUCCACCCAUCUACACAACAAUACUUAAAGUAUAGCUCAGUCCACCAAUGACUAUUUUCCUAGGAUUUGGAGAAUCCAGACAUCCAGCCGCACAACAGAAAAAAAAAUUCAAUCAUUGGUCUCUUGGAGAUUGUGGUUUGGAUAGAUGGAAUACAUGUAGCAUUUCUUGGUUGUAUUUUUAUCUGUUAUUAACUGCUGAUGAGAUUCACAACAGAGACAUUGUUUCAUAGACUAUGAUUUCAAUAGAGGCUAGUCAACUAUUGUUU